AUGGGGCCGUUCCUGCUUGCUCCUAUUGCACGACUUACGCAGUUCCGUGCAAGUGGACUCCGGUUGGCCCCGGUUGAUGUGGAAGUUUGCACUUUCGCAGACGGCGUGCCCCUCCCCGUUUCCGAUCCUGCGGUGAGCAACAACGUGCUUACCCAUCGGUCACCGGCCGUCUCGGGAGAUCAGACGUCUCCUAAGCCAAGUGCAGUAGCCAAGGAUGACGAAUGCCUAAGGAUGGAGAUCCAGGCAGGGGAAAGAUAUCCCCUGCCUCCAUUGGAGGAUGUCGAGCAAUUGUUCGACUUCUUCUUCGCCAACUUUAAUAAGUUCUUCCCAAUUUUUGACUAUUCAAGGGCUAUGGGAAUGUUGCAUGACUGGUACCUCACCUGCCCAAAUUCUCGGGACGAGUCUACUUGGGCUGUGAUCAAUAUCAUCAUCGCCCUUGGUCUACAGUUCAAACACUUGACACUCCCGGCCUUUACCACCCUCGAAGACUCUACCGUUUAUGCGGCCAACGCCCAGUCGAUCCUUGACAAACUAGUCAUGCGAGUCAGUGACUGCUAUGGGAUUCAAGUCCUUCUGGGAUUGGUCGUGUACUUCCAGAAAUCUAUGGACAGAGGCCCGGCGCAGGUGCUCAUUGCCUCCACGAUUAAGCUGGCGUUCCGUCUGAGACUUCACAUGACACAACAUGGUCUUGCUCUGCCCCCAAAGGAUGUACUGGAGAGAAAAAGGCUCUUUUGGGCAGCUUAUAUCUUGGAUAGGGACGUUAGCAUGAGAGUUCGCGAUCCAUACAUUCUCCAAGAUCACGAUUUCGAUGUCGACCCUUUAGAACAGAUCAUAAGAGACGAGGUUACGUGUGACCUGGGCUUACCGAUCGAUGCGGAGGAAUUUAAUUAUUUUCGAUGCCGAGCCGACCUUGCAUUUAUUCAAGGAAAAACGCAUGACUGGAUUAAUUCGGUCAAGGCAGAGCGGCUUGUCGACUACCAGAAAUGGGAGAAACGGGAAUUGCUAUGGACGAUGCUCAAUGAAUGGAUGAUGACGGUCCCACAGCUAUACCACCCAAGCAAUUUGGAGAAUCUCGAUAGUCCUGUGGAGCAAGCAUUCAUCUCGCUUUACAUUACAAGAUUUCGUACCAUAUGCGGGAUCGAAAAGGUUUUCUCGCAUCAUACAGAAUGGAUUAGCGGGCUUAUUGACUAUAGCGUCAAGUGGUCCGCGGAUGGCCAAACUGCCAGCAAGUCGGCUCAAAGUCCUCUGCCGAAUCACUGGAAAGACCUCGUGGACUCUGCUCGAACGAUUAUGCUGCUGUUUCGAAGAGUGCCAAAAUUCUACAACGGACUUUUGGGAAAUCUCUGUUGCGCCUAUUGCUCUGCUUUGCUCAUCGUGGUCGCGAACAAGCUUGUACUCCCUGAGGUCCACGUAGUGGGCCAGCCAAAGCUGGAUGAUGCCCUGAUUGUGGAAGGUAUUGAAUACAUGGAAGCCAAGUAUGAGGUUAUUGCUGCUCCGUCACUGAAAGCAGUGUCCAGAGCCUGCCGUGAGUUGACAGGCGAGCCGAUGCCGCCGUUGGUGCUACGAAAAAUAAGACACAAGACACACAAGACAGCCAAAUAA